GAACUCCCAAUUCAAACUUCAUCUGAAGUAGAAACUCCAAUUUAUACUACUACUACGAGCACUACAUUUUGGACUGGCUCCUAUGAUACUAUUUUCUCCACAAUCACUACAACUGUGACUGGUACAGACAACUUAGUUACGACAGAAACAAUUUAUAUCGUAGAAACUCCAAUUAGAGCAACUUCAACAACUACAUCUGAUUACUGGUCAAAUAGUUUCUUCAGUACUACCGCCGUAGAAACUAGAACUUUCACUGGUACAGAUGACUAUGAAACGACUGAGACUAUUUAUCAAGUUUUUAUUCCAGUUUUUGUAACCACCACUACCAUUUAUACUGACUUCCCUGACGGGCGUAUUUAUGACAUGGAAAACCCUACUUAUUCAACAGGCAUGAUCAUAACAACCGACGAAGAUGGUGCCCCACGCGCCGUAUGCGUAUAUUAUGUGUAUGUUAACGGUAAAUUAAAAGCCUUCAAUGGAGAAGACACUAGUAAGUUCAGCAACUCCACUGAAAAUACUGAAACAAACCAUGGUGACAGUAUCAUUGUUUAA